UGCUUAUGCAUGCAGACCGAAUGAAGAUCCACUGUCCGUGGUAAACAAAUGUAUUGAAAGUCUAGAAAAAUUAGUUAAUUUAAAGACGAGUGCUGACCGUGCUUUAUAUGUUGGAUCCAUCGAAAAAUUACAGCUUGCUGUGUGCUCCGAAGAAAGCGCCAUGAAGCAUUUUAUAUCCAGUUACACUGGUGGCAUUCCUUUAUUAGUUUCAAUUCUAGAGAAAAGUCAAGAUCAACACAUACGACAUUUUGCCAUAUUAAUUAUGGAAAAAAUGCUAUUACAUAAGUCAGGAAGUAUUGAACAUUCCCAAACAUUUGUUCAACAUGGUGCUGUUGACCAUUUGCUGAAGCUCAUUGUGAAAUGCCAACUUUCCUGGGGUGAUGAUUUCAUAUGUUCCUUGUACAGAGUUACAGUAAAAGUUAGUGAAGAAGAUAAGAAAUUUGCUGUGAAGGCUCGAUUCUUAGGAGUACUACCUGUGAUAGUUAGCCACAUAAAAACUUAUGCCAAGCGAUACAAAGUUUUGAAUGUGAUUCUAAAGCUGUUGAAGAAAAUAAUGGCAAGUUCUGUCAAUGCUACAAAAUUGAGCAAAGAUGGCUUACCGAAAGAGCUUCUGCGAAUUUUGGACGAUCCCAAGAAGAUGACUAUCAUUCCUGUCUUAGAUGCUAUAUCAGAAGCAACUCGUACAAGACACGCAGCUAGACAAUUUGUGAAAGAAGAUGUGAUACCUAGAAUUCUGCAAAUUCUAUUUAGCACUAAUACUACAAUCAAUAACAAAAUUAGUAGCUCAAUUUGUAAAACUGGUCUGAGAAUUCUUGUACAUCUAACCCAAAUAAAAAUUGGUAGAGAAAAACUGCUUUCGUCUGGAACUAUCCAAGCACUGCUAAAUUGGUGUCGAACGAUACUUGAAAUCCCAGGGAACCGUUAUACUUGCUUAGUUACUCUAGUCAGUACAGUUAUUCAAAGAUGCUUGCCUCCUAGACCUCUACCUCUUAGAAAAUUGAACAAUCCGGUUGUUUUUGCUUUCUCCGAGAGUGCUUGUUUAAAUGAAUCCGAUAGUUCAGAAGGAAGAAAUGAUGAUACACUUAGUUUAGCAUCAUCAACGUUAUCUUCAGCUGACAGUGGAACAGAUUCCGAAGAAGAGAUGAGGCCAUUUGCAGAUAAUUUGGAAUCUCAAUACAAUGAAUGCCUUGAACAGUUUUCUGCAUUUUUUGAUGAAAUGCUUGAACCAUACCAAGUAAAAGCAUGUUUUGCUUCUGGAGAUGAAAUUCACUCCGAGAAUUUCAAAAGUUUUUUUAGUGACAAAAUCAUAGCCUCCCCUGUAGUAGAGCUUAAGGACUUAAAGAUUAACUCACAAAUUCCUAGGAUGAUUACGAGAAACUCAUCAACAUCUUCCACAAGGAAGGACAUUCAGCGCAAAAUGCGAAAGCCGCUCAGUGAAGCGUCAGUUCUUGUGAAAGAAAAGAUUCCUAGAUCAACCUUAUUAGCCAGUAGCCUGCCAUCAAAUGCAUUAAGUACUAAUGCCAAAGUUUCUAAGAAAAACAAUAUAUGUGACUCAGUAUGUGAUUCUAGUGAUAUUCCGUCCUCAAAAUUAUCACCUUGUGAUCCAAAUUUUCAUUUGACGCCGUGCGAAAGGCAUCAUCUUUUGGAAAGUGCAAAAGAAGAAUUUAGAAACCAGAAAUUUUUGGAUACUGUUUGUUUUUCUGAAGUGUACCACCGACAAGCUGCGCAAACGAUUUCUGUUUCCCCGUUUGUGAAGCUGGCUUACCCUGACGUGCAUUCUUGUACAUCUCUUCCUGAACAGGAAGUGAAAUUGUUACAGUGUGAUGAAUUUCUAAUCAGGAAAGAAAUAUUUAAACAUACAGAACAAAUGGCUCAAGGAGAUUUUUUAUACACUGAGAUCUACAGCUUUGACAGUCUUUUGAAUGAAAGUGUACACACUUCCUCUUCUUUGUCUAACAAAGAUGCGGAACAUAUUUAUUCUGAACAAUCAUUUGAUCAUCUGCGAUUCGAAGCAAGGUUCGAAAGUGGAAAUUUAAGAAAAGUAUUUUGGAAAGGAAAUGAAGAAUACGACCUCAUUCUGAAUGCGGAUAUAAAUUCUAAGUGCCAUUUGCAAUGGUUUUAUUUUGAAGUCUCAGGAAUGAAAGCUAAUUGUCCAUAUACCUUCAACAUUAUCAAUCUAGAGAAAUCUACUAGUCAGUUUAAUGAAGGGAUGUGUCCAGUUAUGUUUUCUGUCAGGAAUCAUGUUGAAAAGAAACAAGGUUGGAUGAGAGUGGGUUCCAAUAUUUGUUAUUUUCGCAAUCAUUACACUCAAGGGCCUUCUACUAACUCAGUCUUACGAAAUAAGCCUUAUUACACUCUAACAUUUAAUGUGACUUUCCAGCAUUCAAACGAUGUCUGUUACUUCGCCUACCAUUACUCAUAUACAUUUUCUACAUUACAGACUCACAUACAUUGCUGGCAAAACAGUUAUGAUUCAACGUGUAUUUAUUUCAAGAAAGAUGAGCUGUGUAAAACAUUGUCCGGAAACAAUGUCCCGCUGCUAACCAUAACCGCCAAACCUGUUGAUUAUCAACGUCCGUACAUAUUUCUUACUGCCCGAGUUCAUCCUGGAGAAAGCAACUCAUCAUGGGUUAUGAAAGGCUCCAUCGACUUCUUGCUUUGUAGUAAAGCCCACAGAUUAAGAGACAUGUAUAUAUUUAAAAUUAUUCCAAUGCUCAAUCCUGAUGGAGUUAUCAAUGGAUGCCAUCGUUGUUCUCUUUCCGGACAAGACCUGAAUCGUCAGUGGAUAACGCCAAAUAUACAUUUACAUCCCACGAUAUUUUAUACCAAGUCUUUGUUGCAUUUUCUAGCUUCUAAAAAUAAGAGACCUCAAGUAUUUUGUGAUUUCCAUGGCCAUUCAAGACGAAGCAACGCAUUCUUUUUUGGUUGCAAUCCUAGGCAAUCUUGGUGGCCAGAUGACGAAGCGAAACCAGAUUCUGAUAAUUACAAAAUUCUUCCCAUAUUAAUGAAUGAGAUGGCACCGACUUUUAGUUUAGAAGAUUGUGAAUUUGCAGUAGAAAGGAGUCGUGAAUCCACUGGAAGAGUCACAGUAUGGAGGCAGUUUGAUGUGUCCCUUAGUUACACCCUAGAAUGUUCAUAUGGAGGUUGUGAUCAAGGCAGAUAUGCUGGAUACCAUAUUGGAAUUCCUCAGUUAGAAGACACAGGAAUGAAAUUAUGUCAAUGCUUUGGAAAAUUAGUUUUAGAUCAAGACAAUAAAAAAAUUCGAAGCUCAUUGCCAAUUGACUUAAAAUCGUUUCCUAUGCCGAGUUCUAAUAAAGUGCUAAAAUCUAAGUUUUGUACUUCAUCAACCUCUACUGAAACUGAUGACGAAUUUGAAGAUUGUGGGGAAGAUGAGGAACUCCUUAUGUGAUAUUUGUUGGAACAAGAUUUUUGCGUUGCUUUUUAUUAGGAUUUUAAGAUUGUUUUUUAAAUUUUAUGUGAUAUGAUUUUAUAAAUGUUUUUAUUGUUUAUAAUUUAUAUGUAAAAAAUGUAUAAUUUUUAAUUUUGUCAUUUUAAUUUAAAAUUUAUGAAAUGUUUGUGAUAUAUAUGUAUUUCCUUUGUUGUUAAUUAAAUUUGUUUCAGUU